GGCGAAGCUGCGGCAGGACGUGACGUCACACCGGCGUGCGCCGUUCGUCUUCUUUGAAAGCUUCACGUGCGUUCACAGCCAAACAUUUGUCACUUACGGCCGCUCUGCUCCCUCCUUUGUCCUUUUUUUUUGUUUGCUUUUAAACAUUAAUUUGUGCGCGGCCUUCAGUGAGCAUGGAAGAAGCCAACAAGUUGAUCGGCGCUGGAAAGAAGCACCUGGUGAUGGGCAGAGCGGCCGAGGCCGUGAGUUCGCUGCAGGAGGCCUGCGGGAUUCUGACAAAAGCGUACGGAGACACCGCGGAUGAGUGCGCCGAGGCAAUUUUCUGGUGUGGCAAAGCCCUGUUGGAGCUGGCGAGGAUGGAGAACGCGGUAGUCUGCAAUCCUUUGGACGGAGUCCCAGGGGACCAGGAGAAACCAGAAGAUUCCAGCGCCGACAACGUUGAUGAAAAGUCCAAAGAUGAUUCCGUGGCCGAGGGAGCUCACGAAGGGGACGGCAAAUGUCACCGAACCGGAAGCGAACCGGAGGAAAGCGAGGCCGACAAAUCGGAGCUUCGGGUGGAGGAGGAGGAGGACGAGGAACUGGAAAAUGCAGCCGGAGAGAAGCUAAAAGUCAGCCGGGGAGAAGCUGACGGAAAGCUCGAAGAACCGUCAGAGAAAAUGGAAGACGACAAGGCGGCUGAUCAGAUGGAGGAGAUGGAAGCCAGCCCUGCAGGAAAGUCGGAGAAAAUGGAAGACGCUAAGAAGACCGAAGAAGAACCGUCGGAGAAGAUGGAAGAAAAGGCCGAAGCCCGUGAAAAGGAUGACGAGAAAAUGCAAGGUGAUGAAGAACCGGCUGUGGGCGAGGAGCAACCAGCAGAGGGAGCCAAAGACGGCGAUGAGGAAAGUGCAGAGGAGCUAGUCGAUGCUGGAGCAAAGGAAAGCGACAACGACGACGACGAGGACGAGGAGGAGGAGGAGGAGGAGGUGGGAAACCUUCAGCUCGCCUGGGAGAUGCUGGAAGUGGCCAAAGUCAUCUACAUGAGAAAAGAGUCGAAGGAGAACCAGCUCAUGGCAGCCGAGGCCUACUUAAAACUGGGAGAAGUUUCCGCCGAGUCCGGGAACUUCCACCAGGCGCUGGAGGACUUCCGCGAGUGUCUUUCUCUGAGGCUGAAACACUCGGACUCGGACAGCCGACUUGUCGCCGAGGCGCACUUCCAGCUGGGCUUGACCUUCCACCUGAACCGGCAGUACGAGGAGGCCGUCGACGCGCUCGACUGCGCCGUGCGUGUCGUCAAAAGCAGGCUGGACAAACUGAGAGAAGCGAUGGAAAAGGCCGCCGGGCGCGACGAGCUUCCCGAGGACAGGAAGGAGAUGGAGGAGCUGGAAGCUCUGCUGCCGGACAUCCAGGAAAAAAUGGAGGACGCCGCCGAAUGCUUGAAAAUGUUUAACAGGAAGACCGCGCCGGAUGGCGCCUCUGGUUCCGCUGAACAGAGCGGAGACGCCUUCGCCACGUCGCCGACAAAGUGCUCGCCGUCCAAAGUCACUUCUGCCGACGCGCCGGUGUCCGACAUCAGCCACUUGGUCAGGAAGAAGAGGAAACCGGAAGAGAGUCCUGUGAAAGAAGGCGUGAUCAAGAAGGUGAAGCAGGAAGAGGCUCAGGAGGAAAACGGCGUGCACAAAGCCUGCGGUGACGCUCAGAUGCUCUAAAAAUCUGGACUCCAUGAACGGGGGGCCUCGCUGCUCUCGCUUUACCUCAACGAGAACAGACGUGCUGUGACCAAGAUUUAUUUUAAACGCGUGCCCAUCUCUCUACUUGUUAUUUUUUUUUUUUUAUAUAAUGUUGAGUAAAAACCGUUUUUGAAGUUGUGCGGUGAGACAAUGCCAACGUUGCGAAGAUUUUUAGCAGUGCCGGAUCGGUGGGCUUGUUUCCAUUUGGUAUUUCCAUGUCCAAAAGAAAUGUUUGUGCCAUCGUCUUGGCGACGCUUUUAUUGCACCCGUUUUGGUUUCUGGUUCCUUUUGAAAUAUGCACAAAGUGAUGUUGGCAUUGAUCACGCCCUGUAUUGUUGCACAGAACCUUCCCCCCCUGAUGUUGUAAAUCCUGGUUUUGCCUAAUAAAAUGUUAAAAGUA